CGCUUUUUUUCACCCGUAAAUGUCUAAAAAGACUGUGAUUUUUAAUGUUGGAGGAACAACAUUUGAAAUAUCAAAAGAUUCUUUUAAUGCAUAUCCCAAUAGUAUUUUAUACAAACUAGUAAAUAAGUCAUCAUCCUCAUCUUCAUUCUCUUCCCGUUUUACCUCAAACAAAUCUUCUACACAAACAAUAUGUCUUGAUCAUAAUCCGUUUGCAUUUAGUGUAAUAUUAGAUUAUAUUCGGUAUAAACGAUUAUGUGUACCAAAAGAUGUUGCAAGGGAAAUUGUUGAAUUACAAUUGAGAGAAUUUGGCCUUGGUGAUGAUAUUAAUUUAUUAAUACAAGACAAAAAUGCUUCCAUAAUUGAGGAUGCCUUGCCUUCUUAUGAACAAGCUUUGAAUGAAUUUUCAGCUUCCGAUGGAGUUACAUUGAGGGAUGCGGCAACGUUGGCUGUUCUCAGAAGAAUUGAUACCCUAAUUUCAGAUGUGAUUUUACCUUAUUUAAAACGUCAUGCAAAACGUGGACAUCAUCAAAUAACGUUUUAUCUAACACCAAACAAUAUUAUAACAAAAAAUAUUACAACAGAAUUAGAACAUAUUAAUGAUCCACAUGAGUGGAUUCGAUUAUCAACCGACUCAUCAUCAGUAGAAAAAGAUGAUAGCUUGGAGAAUGAUUUAACUGAUUUGCAAUUUCUACUUCAAAAAAGAGAUACAUUAAGAGAUCUUAUUAUAAGUAAAUCUGAUGUUAAAGAGUGUACAGUAAAUAAAGUUGAAAUUAGUUAUAGAAUUGAAAGUGAAUUUGGAUUAUUUAGUUCUAAAAGUUGUGAUAUUGUUCAAAUUUUUGUUAUUAUUGUUUGAAAAAUUAAGUGAGAAAGAUUAUGAAGAGAUUUAUUAUGUACAAGAGAAUUUUAUAUACUGCUCCAAAAGUGGUGGUUAAUAAUUUGAUAUCUGAUAUUAAUUCAAACAUAUUCGUUCAAAUCAAUGCCGUUUUUAUUAAAAAAAGAUUUAAUACAUCAAAAGUAGGAAAAAGAAAAGAAAAAAAAAUA